AUGAACCAACAGCCUCUCUCACCUCCCGCCGAAGCCGAUCCAACCACAACAACAAACCCACCCUCAAACGCACCCGUCCCGCUCGACUCCCCCCUCCGCACAACACCCAUCCACCCAUCCCUCCCCGAUAUCCGCGUCCCAGGCUCACCCCUAAAACCACACCAGUACGACCCAGUCACCUGCACCCCCAUCGAUCCCGAAACCGACUCCAUCCGGUCUCAACUUGAUCGCCUCCGAGCCGAAUACCCGUCCCCCAGCGCGGCGCUGAAAGCGCAGGAGCAAGUGGCCAAGGAAGCGAAGCGGAAGAUCGAGGAGGCGGAGAAAAAGCGCGAGGAGGUGCAAAGGGCCAUGGAUAAGAAGGUUAAGGAGCGGAAUACGGAGAUGAAGGUGCUAUCGAAGUAUCAGAAGGUUAGGGGGUUGGAUAUUCCGUCUUGA